CUGGCAUCUGGAAGGAUUUGGCGGGACUUUUAUAUUUUAAGCAGCAAAGAGAGGGAAGCGAUUGAGAGUGGGAUUUUCACCAAAAAAAAUAAUAAUAAUAAUAAAGAAGAUAGAGAGAGGGGGAUAUAAAAAUUAGGGCACCAAAAUGAAAAAUUGAAGCUUCGAAUCCCUUCAAGUCAGUAUGUGAAGAUGUUGAAGGGAAGAGAAAGCUUGAUUCGAUUGGUGGGCAAACGUAGGCGAUGCCUUCCAAACCGCCAAUCACUCCUCUCCACCCCUACCCAGAGCUCAUUGAAUCUGCGUGCUGAUGAAAAUGGAAAAUUCGUUAGCAUUGAUAACGUAGAAGGGUCGUCGAAUCAAGAAGAACAAGGAAACACUGAAUACAGUGCGGUGGGGCUUGUAGAUGAGAGAGUUACUUGCCCUGUUUGCGGAAACAAAGUCAGUGGCCAAAGCAACAUCAUCAAUUCUCAUCUGGAUGUGUGCCUGUCAAGGGGAACUAAACGGAAGCUGACCCAACGCACACUCCUAGAGUUAAACUUCUGCCCAGACUCAAAAGCUCAAAUUCGUACCUGUUAUUCAAAAGAGUUAGGAAAUGAUUUAUUUCAUGCAGCACAUGAUGACAGUCAUGUACAGCGUGUGGUUCAUGGAUUAUCUGACAUCAGUGCUGUUGAAGAAAGUGAUGAUGAUGUGCGUGGAUCAUCGUUAAAUUUAAUGGAUGAUAUGCAAAAUCAAGUUGGUAUGUGUGGAAACCCAAUUCUCAAGGACAGGAUCAAUGCCAAUGUUGAUGAUCUCUCAUGGGCCCUAAAGAAUGAGGUGCCUGAUGUUGAGAUGACUGUUACUGUGGACGACAUAUCUGGGGUCAUUCUUGAAACUUUUAUCGUUGGCCGUAAAUUUAGUGAUGGAAAUGAGUUAGACCUUGGGGCAAGAAUUUCUCUUUUAAGAGACCCAGAUAACCCUAAAGAUCCAAAUGCCAUUAAGGUUAUUUCUUCAGAUUCAGGAUGCCGCAAAGUGCUUGGUUUUCUCCCUCGCAAGCUAGCUCAAUAUUUGUCUCCUCUGAUGGAGAAGUACUUCCUAAACUUUGAGGGAUCCGUGAUCUCUGUUCCAAAGAAUUCUAUUGAUGUUGUCCCAAUACAGAUCAUGUCCCACAAGACUGGGUCACGUGGUGCUAAGGUAUAUUAUAAUGAUGAGGCUUUCAAAUGUCUAUGGAAAAAUGCUCAGCAAGUAAUUGAAUCUACAAAGUCUUGUCCACCCAGUGCAGUAAAGUAUCAGGAGAACUUUUGUGUUUUCAUACACGAUGUUUUGAAAAGCAAUUCUCACCUCUUGACAGAAGACGAAAAGAAUUUCAUAGAGUUAUUUUCUUCACUGUCAGAUGAUAGUCAGAGGCUAUUUGUUCGGCUCUAUACACGGAAAGGGCCAUGGUUUCGGCGAUCAGCUAUUUCAUACCCAGAAGUGUUGGAUCCUGAGCAAGCAGUGAAAGGGCUAUCUGAAACAGGUUAUGCAUCUUGCUUUGGAAUUCCAAAUGAACUAUGUGAUGAUGAUAUAAAGGAGAUUUUGGAUUUGCUCACUGUAUCUGAACUACGUGAAAUUUUAUGCAUGCUUAAGCAGAAUUGCAAUCGUGCCAUGAGAAAGCAGGAUCUUAUUGCGUCUCUUAUUUCUUUGUAUAAAGAGGAGUUAUGCCCAUUACUACCUUGUAUGGUUUUGGAUCGAACAGGUGCCUGUGUUAGGAUAUCGUUAAAAGCAGAGUCCCUCAUUUGGCGUGCUGAGAGGCUUUUCUUCCUGAAUGGAGAGCAGGAUUUAUCGGCAUUUCUACUGGUGGAUUUGGGAAUAGUCAAGUAUCCAACUUACAAGUGCAUAAUUUCACAACAAAUUUUCUCAGGUCGAGAUGGCUUGCUUGCUUAUGAAGAGGCCAUUGAAGUCGCACAGAUAAUAGAUGAAGCUCUGGAUGGAAGCAACAUUGAAUUGGUGAUAAAAUGCAUUGAUAUUGCUGAUUCCAGUAUAUCCAGUGAAUCAACUCAAUCUUUAACCUCUGAAUCAAUGGCUCCAUUUCUUUCCCGCUUUUCUGCAAAAUAUGUCUACUCAAAAGUGGUUUUACUUGGAAUUUCCUUUCUUGAGCGUGAGCAUAGGUACAGUGAUGCAAUAUAUCUACUGAAGCGGCUGCUAAAGUGCUUCACUUGUGAUGGUAGAAGAGGAUAUUGGACACUGAGGUUGUCGAUUGACUUGGAGCACAUGGGAUAUCUUAAUGACAGCCUUUCUGUUGCCGAAAAUGGGUUACUGGAUCGUUGGGUACGCGCUGGUUCAAGAGUGGCAAUUCAAAGGAGAGUCCUUCGGUUAGGAAAACCACCAAGGCGAUGGAAAACUCCUAGUUUUGCAGAGUCCGUCAAGAGGAAGAUCAUGGAGGUUCAUGUUCAAGGGAGACCUCUAAAUUCUGUGAUAGGUAUGAAGAGCAGGUUUUAUGGAGAAGAUGGGGAGCAAUGUGGGGUAGAGCGGCUAGCCCUGCAGCAUUAUGCUGCAGAAGGAUGGCGGGGUGUUCAUACAGAGAGUGGCAUUUGGUUAACUAUUUUUGGUCUUCUUAUGUGGGAUAUUAUCUUUUCUGAUAUACCAAACGUCUUCCGCACCAGAUUUCAGACUGCUCCCUUGGAUUUGGAGACUGAUAGCUUUUAUCUAGUGAGAAAGAGCCAUAUAGAAUCUCACCUACAGAGUAUUCAUGAUGGCAUGGCUGAGGAGAUCCUCAUCACUUCAUGGGAAUUACAUGAGGGAACCGCAUGUAGAGGAGUUAACUGGGACCGGCAUUCCCUCUCUGAGCUUCGGGCAGCUGUUACAUGCAUCGGUGGCCCUUGUUUGGCCUCAUUCUGUCGACAUCUAGCAAAAGAGUAUCGAAGCUGGUCAAGUGGAAUGCCAGAUUUAUUGUUGUGGCGUUUCCAUGGGAAUUACAGAGGUGAAGCCAAGCUUGUCGAAGUUAAAGGCCCCAGGGAUAGACUCUCCGAACAGCAGCGGGCAUGGCUGCUGCUUUUAAUGGACUGUGGGUUCAAUGCUGAGGUCUGUAAAGUGAGCCCUCUUUUGUGAAUUUAAUGUGCUGCUUCGGUCCUCCAUUGGAAGCAUGUAAUGAGGACUUUGAAGAUGCAUGAAAGACCUACAGAAAAUAAUUCACAAGGAUUGGAAAUUAAAGCAAUUUGAUGGACUUUUGCGGAAGUUUGCCGUUUGAUCACUAGAGUAUUUAUGGAGCAAGCAAUCCCAGAACUUGAAGAUACUUCUUUGCCUAAUGGGGAUUUCACCUUUGGAGACGUACCAUGGAAAGAAGUUGAUUAUGAAUAUUGAGGAGGGUUCUCCGGUUGGAUUCAACCUUUUCUGGAGAUUCGUUAAUGAUGACAUUGCCUGAGCCGUUAUGAGCUCAGGCACUUCUGUGCCAUUUAUUUGUUACCCUUAGUUGGCAUUGGCAAAGGCCAUAUUCUCUGAUUUAGGCGUUAAUUUUCCUUGAACUUGGAGGAACUGGUUUACUAUUACGAGAUCAAAUGUUGAUCAUAUGCGUCAAUAUACAUGAAAUAUUUGUAUUCCUAAUGUCCUCAUGUUUACACAUGGAACAAAAUAUUUAUUUUAAAAAUCAAAGUUCUUCAAGAAUCUUGAGAAUGAAA